CUCCGCGAACUCGCCGAUCAACGCAUUGCUUCCUUGACAUGCGAUGUCGAACCAACCCUCGCCGAACAGUGGCCAAAGGGUACUCGAGAUUUAAUGUCUCGCAUCUCUUUCAUUCUUCCAUGAGUGUGUGGUAUGUGUGAUCGCUGCCAGACAUGCCCACUCACAAAGGCAUCUCCUUGAGCCUGAUCGUGGACGGAGAAGAGCUCCCGGAGGUCGGUAUCGAGGUCCUCAAUAGCAAGACAAUCACUUCUAUCAUCCCCGGAGAUGAAGGCGUCGAAUUCGCAUACGAAUAUGUGAAUAACUCUGAGACAGACAUACUCAUCGAUCCCAUGUUCGACGGCCACAAGACCGGGGAGGUCGUUCACUGCGCAGCUGGAGCCCAAGGACAUGAUGUUGGUCCCGGCACCUCUGCGACGACCGUGCGAGCCUUUAGAUUUCGCAGAGUAUCAACAUCCAGUGAUGUCGACUCCGACGAUGGGCUCAGCAGCAGCUUGGGUGCGCUCGGCGUGCUCGAGUUCAGAAUCAUCCGUGUCAAGGUGAAUUCUUUCCACGAGGACAUCCCGCUCGAGGACAGAACGCGGCAGAUCGAGGCCAGUUUGGGCGGAACGAUCGAUAUGGAUGAGGACCAUCCGUGGCUUCCUCCGCCAGAACAUUGGGAGAAUAUUGACACAGACGAAGAUCCGUACGUUAUCUUCCGAUUUCAGUACAAACCACGAGCCCAGCUUAGAUCUUCUCUCUUGAUGUACUAUAAUGCCCACGAAUCGGCUGCAGUGCAAUCGUUGAGAUCUCUCUCUCCUCAGCCCGCCCGCCGUGUGAGACGAGGCAAACAGCCGCAGCGUUCCCCACAUCGCGCAAAUCUCAGCCAACGCCCGUUUCUCACUGAUGAUUUGUCUUCGUCCGGGUCGUCGUUGGCAUUUCUCGGCUCGGAAUACCAUCCCUCGGAUUCAGACGCGGAUGAUGAUCGUAUGAGCCAUAAUCGCAAGGGAACAGUGUCGAGCCGGUCCCGAACGUCGUCUUCGACAACACAUGUACAGUUUGAAGCCACCCAGCCCAGACUGCAACAUCAUUCUGUCUCAGAAUCCGGCUCCGAAACCGGACGCCUGUUGCGGCUUGCUACUGCACAGGCAGAAUGCCUACAGGCCAUAAUGAACAAUCUAAAGGAUACUCUGGAAAGACUUCAAGGAAGCAGGGCAUAGGUAGAAUGUGAAUUGGUGCCUCCGCUCACAAGAGAAAGCAUUAGGCAGCAUCUUUUUUCCAACACGUGAAUAAAGUAUUAGCUAGUCAUGAUGUCUCUGGA